GUGAUAUCUCCCAUCAUACUCUGAUAUCUUGCCGGAUGCACAGCGCACUUCCCCUCAUCUACCCCUCAGUUGGAGAUUCCCUCCCUAGAAGGUGCUGUUGGCCGGGUUUGCGUGAGGCCUGUUAUCCCACUACAGAAGUCGGAUCCGUGCUGGCUAUCUGAAAUCCUCCGCACAGGAUAACCCCGUUGUAGGAAUAGGAUCAAACAAGGUGAAUGAAUCGUCUUCAGGAAGAGGGACGCUGAUAUAAAACGCCUAUAAAGCCCAUCAUGUUAAGUAUCUGUUGACCGUGAUCAUUCAGUCAAUUCUUUAGCAUUGAAUCCAGCAGACAACAAACAAUCAUGGCCGUUCCCUUCAAGUACCACGCCAAGGCGCAAUCUACCUUCGAACCUCCUCUCAUUGCCAACGAGAAUGCUUUCCUCGGUGAUGUGGACUCCAGCGACAGCUACAAUCCCGACAAGCCCAUGUCAGCCGGAUUCUACCGUCUCGAGAAGGGCACCCCGCUUGUUUACGAAUACACCUACGACGAGAUGAAGAUCAUCCUGGAAGGGAAGUUCGAGAUCUCGGACGAGACUGGGCAGAAGGUUACUGCUACCCCUGGCGACGUGUUUCAUUUCCCCAAGGGAACCAAGGUCACUUUCACAACGCCAUCAUACGGACUGGCUUUCUACACGGGACAACGGGCCAAGGGCGCUGCUUAAGCGGGAAACGGGCAAUGAUGUAAUUAAACUCGAUCGAGGGGGAAUGGGUUCCUUGCUGUCUGGGCGGUCUCUUUGAGGGUCCAGCCUUGGCUGACCGCUGAAAGGAAUGUGUGUGUGUGGCUUGGUAGUGAUGGAGAGGGCAGAGACGAUGAACCAUGGUUAAUCGGCCUGGAUCUCCACUAGAUUGGGGGGUUCCUUGGUUGUUUACGGGAGGUAAACAACAAGGCUGGUGUCACCGCCAUUGAUGACGAUGGUGGAUAGCGGCCCGAAGAUAGAGAUUAUUGAUUGAUAUUGAAUCCGUUGUGAAUGCAAUUGUUUUUGUC